CAGAGGGCUGUCCUUUUAGAUCCACUGUUAGUCCACCAGGUCCCCAUCAGGCGUUUGGCAGGUUGGAAAGGACCCAAAGGCCCUUCAACGGCAGGCAUCCUGUUUACAAGCGUUCUGACUUUCUUUUCUGCCUCAACAUUCUGAGAAACGAAACACAGGAAGUGGGGCGAAACAAUAGGGGCAGGAAUGGAGACGCAGACAUAGAGAAUGGACUUAUGGACAUAGCAGGGGAAGGUAAAGAUCUCCAAAAGAAAUGCCUAGCAAUUACAGCUCCUGUUACACCUGCCAAGCUUUACUGCUGCAUCGUGAUUAUCUUUGUGCUUAUAGCUCUAAGUGCGGUGUUACUUUUCACUUGUGUGGCAGUGAGAAGCAGAAAGCCAGACUCACAUGUUCUAUAUGUCACUUGCCCAAAAGGAUGGAUUGGAUUUGGGUAUAAGUGUUUUUAUUUUUCGGAAGACUCAAAGAAUUGGACAUUCAGUCAGACAUUCUGUACUUCACUGGGGGCUGUUCUUGUUCAGUUUGAAACGGAGGAGGAGCUGAACUUUCUGAAAAGAUACAAAGACUCUUCUGACCAUUGGAUUGGCCUUAGCAGAGAAUCAUCACAUCAUCCUUGGAAGUGGACAGACAACUCUACAUAUAAUGCCUCAUUUGUCAUCACAGGAACUGGGGAAUGUGCCUACCUGAAUAAUGUUAGAAUUAGUAGUUCCAGGGUAUACGCAAAUAGAAAAUGGAUUUGCAGCAAGACAAAUAGUAAUGUCUCCAUACCCUUAAGUACUUCAAGGCCUUUUUAGGGAAUUUCACACACCAUUUCCAAGAGAUGCAUUCCAUGUCUGACCUUUUGUGACCCCAUGGGCUGCAGAACUGGAGAAGAAAAUGGCAACACACUCCAUUAUUCUUGCCUGGAGAAUCCCAUGGACAGAGGAGUCUGAUGGGAUCACAAAGAGUCCGACACGACUGUAAUGACUUGGCUUGGCAUGGUAGGGACUGCAGAACACGAGGCUUUGUGAUUCUUGUAAUACUUUUUGUAAAUCUUAUAAUACUCUUGUGAAAUUUUGAUAAAGUCAGUUUUGUAUCUAUUUUUAUAUAUUGUAUAAUUAUAUUUUUAUACAUACUUGAGAUUAUGUAUUUAUUUUUUCUUGUCUUACAAUCAUUUUGCCUCAGGUUUUCUAAGAUUCCUAGACUAUCUAGCUCACUUCUAUAUUCUCAGAGACUAGUACAAUGUCUCAAAUACUGAAUAUGGUCUAAACAUACCUGUGAAUAUAUAAUGCCUUCAAGACCUUGA